AUGUCUGAAAUCGAAGAUAUUGACCCUUUUGCAGGCGUCACGGUUAGUGACUCUGAAGAAGAGAUAGAACAAGUUUUUGAAGCACCGGCUAGGCCAGUAGUGGCGAUAAAUUAUCAGUAUACUCCAGGAGUUAAAACUCACUUCUGUUGUCAAGUUGAUAGAGAUAUUCACUCCGAGGACACCGUCAUUUUGAUUACUGAUGCGCAGAAGACAACCGACAGUAGUGGAAGCUCAUACAUUACAUACACAGUAAAUGUGGGGGAAAAAGAGGUUAAUCGGCGGUAUUCAGAGUUCGAAUCCUUAAGGAAGGGUUUAAUGAGAUUAUAUCCUACUUUGAUAGUUCCGCCAAUUCCGGAGAAACAUUCAAUUGCUGAUUACGCGACUUUGCAAAACAAGGCCAAAGAAGACAUCGCGAUGAUCGAAAAACGUAAAAGAAUGUUACAGAGUUUCUUAAAUCGUGUAUCCAGCCAUCCACAGCUUUCAGACGAACAUGUUUUUCACAAAUUUUUGGAAACUGGAGUUUCCUGGAAUGAGGUGUUACAUUCUCCCCCGCUCUCCAAUCUGCCUAAAAACAUUCUUCAGGCAUCUCCCGCUAACCUUUCAUCUUCAUCACCUACUAGUAGCACAGCUCAGCAGGCUGUUCUUCCUAAUCCAAGUGCAUCUCAACACUUGAAGAAUCCUGAUCCACAAUUUGUAGAAUCCGAAGCCUUUACUAACAAAUUUGCAUAUCAUAUAAGUCAAAAUUUGGAAAAGACAAAUAAGAGAACUUGGAAACGCUUGAACGAUCUAUCAACUGAUUACGCUGAACUAGGUGCAAUUUAUAACGGGUUCAGUUUAAAUGAACACGGUGAAUUAUCUAAUGCAAUUGAAAAAAUUUCCUUACUUGAAGCUGAAUUUUCCGAACCAUUACAAGAAUAUUCGCAAUUUUCUCAGGUUAUUAAACAGGUUCUAAAAUAUAGACACUUAAAACAUUUGCAAAUGGAGCUUACUGCUGAAACAUUAGAAAAACAAAGAUUGAAUUUGGAAACUUUAGAAAAUUCAGAACAAGAAGCGAAAAGAUUAGAAGAAGCUUUAACUAAAGAGAGAGGUAUUCGAGAUAAUUCCGUUCCAAACACACAACCUAACCCUGAUGGAGAAAAUAACGAAAAUCUUAUUGGAGAAAAUGACCAAGCUGAGGAACAAUCGCAGAAUGGGGAUUUAUUGUCUCUUCCCGAAGAACCUAAAUCUCAUCAAAAAAGACGUAGCGGUUCAAAGCUUUUUUCUGUACUUAGUCAUACAAUUCAUGGAAUUAUAGACGUUGAUCCAGAAGCUACUCGAAGAAAUAGCAUUGGAAAAACUAGAGAUUCUAUAAUCCAGCUCGAAGAAGCUCUAGUAACAACUACAGAAGAUUUAAAAAAUAUUUCGGUUUCUAUUCAGAGUGAUUUAGACCGUUUUCAGCGUCAAAAAAUUCGAGAUUUAAAAAAUAUGCUUAUAAAUUAUGCCAAGACACAUGUAGAAUGGUGUCAAAAGAAUUUGACCAGUUGGGAAGAAGCUAAAACUGAAGUUGAAAAAAUUCAGACGUAA